AUGUUACGUGUUGGUUAUUUUUUUUUGCUGUUUUUAUCACUUUUGUGCCAAGUAUUGGUUCCUUCAACCUCCAGUGGCCACCAGCCCCGCCGGGUACUCCUCCAGAACGGUAAUGUCUCCAACCGUUGCCCGUUAGACUUUGGUGUUUUACGGAAAGGCAAGAGGCCAAGUAACGUGGAUAUCCGUUCGGAAUGCCAGUAUGUUAAACAGGGCAUCCGGCUCGUUGAAUCUGAGUAUCUACGAGUCACCAGCUCGUUCCUCCCACCGCUGGACUCUGCUGAAUCGUGCUGGGACUCAUAUGAGUCUCUGGUCAACGAGUAUGAACCCAUCUACGACAUACGCAGUCGGUGUGGCUUCGAGACGGAGUGGAUUGCCCGUGGCUGUAUGAACAUCACGACACGAUCCGAGUUCGAAUCCGUCAUCCCGCGGAAGGAUCUCGACGACGUCGUUUCAGCAUGUAACCAGUCCCUCCUUAACAACUCCCCUUGUGCCACCUGUACGACUGCCAUUUCCAGGCUUCAGGCCUCGUACCUUACCGGCCCGUCAAUCGGGAACGUCUCCGAUUGUACGGCCUACCCCUUUGUCUACGUCGCUGCUUUUGCAAAUCACUUUGGGCCCACCAAUGAAGGCACAGCGAAGUGCUUAUUUAAUAUCGAUUUCACAUCGAGCGGAUUUUGGUUUUUCCGGCGGAGAAGGAAGAAAAUUUUGAAGCGAAAGUUGACAAAUGCUACGAAUGAGGUUCGCUUAACUUCCGGGUUGGAUUCGAUUAGUGGGAGUACUACAUUGAUUAGGUUCAAAUUUGAUGAAAUUAAGGCGGCCACGAAGAACUUUUCAAGGGAGCAUAUAAUUGGGAGAGGAGGGUAUGGGAAUGUGUACAAGGGAGUGUUACCAGAUGGUUCUGAAGUGGCAUUGAAGAGGUUCAAGAAUUGUUCUGCUUCUGGUGAUGCGAGUUUCACGCACGAAGUGGAAGUUAUUGCCAGCAUUAGACAUGUGAAUUUGGUGGCGUUGAGAGGCUUUGGAGUAGUGCUUCUUGAGCUUUUGAGUGGGAAAAAAGCGCUGAUAGCUGUUAAUGAUGGCCAACCUACACUCAUCACUGAUUGGGCUUGGUCUCUGGUUAGGAAUGGGAGAGCAUUGGAGGUUGUUGAAGAUAUGCCAGAUUUGGGUCCUCCCGAUGUCGUAGAGAAGUAUGUGUUAGUGGCUGUUCUUUGUUCACAUCCGCAAUUACAUGCUAGGCCGACAAUGGACCAGGUUGUUAAAUUGUUAGACACUGAUGUAUCAAUUCCUUCCAUACCAGAAAGACCUAUAUCGCUCAUAGCAAAUAUUGAUGAUAUUGAGCGGUUAGCAAGCAGCAGCGGUUCUGGGAAUUUGUCUACGCCUGCUGGCUAUCAGCAUUAUACUUUUGAUGAAGACCGUCCUCAGACUCCCAAGAAAGAUAAUGAAAACUCUGAUGGAUGGUAA